AUGGCAGAGCAUUUGUUCUUUCCUGGCGAGCCUCCAAACCCGCUUUGGAUCGAGUACAACGGUCCGCUAUAUGAUGGAGGGAAUUGGGACCAGUUCCCAACUCGCUAUGGCUGGAAAUUGGACACAGGGGCCGACAAGUUCAGCUCACGUGCAAUCCCGGAGAGUCUUCAUUCUGGAAUAGAGUGCUGGCUCUAUUUCGGAAUGCUUCACUAUGUGUUCGGUGACAAGCUGGACCAGUCUGAUUUUCUUCUGCGCAGGGAAGAAGAGGCUCAGCAAUGCAUAACAACAAAGCUAAUUCAUAAAUAUAUCGACAACGCCAAAGAAUGGAAGAAGAGAAAACUGGGGGAGCGAGCGGUUGAGAUUGUCAAGAAAGUCUGUGAAAAGCUUUCUGAAUAUGGUCAUGACUAUAUACGGGAUGAAAUGGCAUUGGCUAUUCGGCUGGUAUGUUAUCUUCUCUGGCAUCUGGCUGUCAAGCGAGAUGGCCCUCAGAUCCAGACACCUCGUGUUCAGCAAUGGAUUCUCAGCAGAGAAUUCGAGUCGAAGAGAAUGGUUGCCGAAGGGUGGUGCCCCCUGGAGGUCGAGAAAUGUCGCAUGACCGGCGGGGGAGUAGAAACCCCGGUGUUUCUGCUUCAAUUAAUGCGUGUCAAGGCCAGUUGGAAUACAAAAACGCACGAGUCCUGCAAGAAGGGAGAAUGUGUGGCAAACAACGUCGAUGAGAGCGACUAUGUCACGCGACAUGUGCAAGAAGAGUGCACCUGUUCGCAUCUCCAGGCAAAUGUCGAGCAGUUGCAAACAAUUCUCCGAGAUGGAGGAGUUCCCUUAUUGAUGAUCACGCCUGGCGAGGACGAGCUCGGCAACGAGAAUGUCAAGGUUGAGAUUGUGAGAAAGCGCGUUGGCAAGCAAUACUUGGCCAUCUCACAUGUUUGGUCCGAUGGACUGGGCAACACAGAGGGUAACAGUCUCCCAAACUGUCAAUUAAAGCUUCUGUAUGAUCAGGCAAGAUGUGUUCUCACCGGUGGUGAAUAUGUCCCGCGCUACGAGGGCGGUCCGUUUGGUCCCCUGCACACUGGUGCUGCUCGACUUGCUCAUUUCGCGGGCAAUCAAGUAUUACGCAAAGACGAUUCAGUACUGUUGUGGAUUGAUACCUUGUGUAUACCGCAUCAGCCGGACGUCCGCAGCCUGGCAAUUCAACGCAUUCGGGAAGUAUAUGUAGAUGCUUACCGGACCAUGAUUCUCGAUUCAGAGAUGAGGCAUGUGAGCGCCAGCUCGACCAGUCGCCUGGAACUUCUCCUAAGGGUGCUAUACUGCUCGGGGUGGAUGCGCCGGCUAUGGACACUUCAAGAAGGACUAGCCGCUAAAAGCCGGCUGUACGUGCUGUUCUCUGACAAGGCAGUCAAUAUUUCAACUAUUGCGAACGAGCUCCUAACCAAGCUUGAUCGAGGCAAACUCCCCAUCACACAGGAGAGAACCACCACUUUUGCCAUUGGUGUUUGGUUCUCUUAUUUCCAACACACGGUUGAAUAUGCAUCCAAAUUUAUCCGUUUCGUCGACUUUGUCGCUAGCCCCUUUGAAAAACGCGACCUUACUCAAGAUCGACUCAUUGCAUCAAAUUGGUUUCAUGUAGCCACGCGAACCACCAGCAAGGCAAGCGAUCGUCCAAUUAUUCUAGCAGGCAUUCUCAAUCUCGACUUGAAAGAAAUCCUCGCUGCGAAGGGCUCCGACGAACGCAUGCGGAAGUUCUACGGCCUGCUUGAAGAUUUCCCCCAAGAUGUGCUAUUCCAGCCCGGGCCACGGUUCGAAGAAGAUGGGAUGCGCUGGGCGAUGAAAGUGUGUCAAUAUACCGAGGACCUUGGCUUUUUGUCAAGCGGAGCCGGGAAGAUCACACCUAGAGGGCUCCAGAUCACUCUGUUUUCGUCAUGGUUGGUCCAAUCACGAAUAGUGUUCGAUCUCAGCCUCUUUGACCUUGACGAGGGGCAAUUGGCCUGGGAGCGAUGGCUCGAAGAGCACAACCUUGAAAAUGCAAGCAGUACGUCUCCUGUUUGUCUCCUACAGACUAGCGCACCAGUUACUUUGGAACCAAAUGCGAAGUAUGGGAUCAUUGUACGCGGAUCAAAAGUUUCUCAGCCUGGAUCGAGGAUAUCGUGUGCAGUGGUAUUACUACAUACAACGGAAGAUGGAGUCCAAUAUGCACAAUAUGUCUGCCGGGGGACAAUCAUAUCUAUUGUCAGCGCUAACUUUGGAGGGUUGCCCGAGAAAGGAUAUUUGGUGCCAGUCGACUGGGAUGAUCAACAAAACCGGGAAUGGAUUGUUGGUUAG